UUCUCUAUCCGCAUGGCACUGUCCAUGGAGAGAGGUUGGAAGUAGACGAGUUGGCCCCCUCCCGCCCAUCCCUCCUGCUUCCCCACCAGGGUGUCUCCAGCGAUGGGGAUGUGGCGGAAGAUAGUGCAAAGUAAAGCGAAGUUCACCUCAGUACGCUCUUACCAGUUUAUCCUGUUACUUAUAGCUGCCUUGGCCGUGUUUGCUUUUUACUACUUUGGGUCCAACCAUGAAAAUUUCUCCAGCGCAACCAGGAGAAUGAAAGAGAGCCAGGCAGGGAAGAGUGCCCAGAGCGAUGCUCAACUGGUGGCGAAUCUGAGUGAGAAGAAGGCGGCAGAAUCCCUGCAAAGUGUCGCCGCAGUUAACGGGCUGUCCGACGGGACGGUAUACCUGCACGCCCUGAUGAUGUUCACCAAAGUGGAUAAAAACUACGCUCUCCAGGAAAAAUUUACGGUUGCAAUUAAGUCCAUGAUAAAACACGCGGUACUCAAGGAUAAAGAGGUGCUCCAUCUGCAUUUUGUUAGUGAUGCACCCAGCCGUAACAUAGGCGAACCGCUUCUCCUAAAGCUGCUGCAAGUCGCUGUCUUCAAGUACCAGGUUUCAUUCCAUGAUGUUGAUGCCAUGACUCAGAAGUUAUUCCCUGUUGUUGAAGCAAUGCAGAAUCUCUUCAGUGCUGGCUCUGGUGCCUAUUACAGUGAUUCCAUUUUUUUCCUGUCAGUUGCUAUGCACAGAAUCAUGCCAGCAGAGAUGACGCGUAUUGUGCAGCUGGACCUGGACUUGAAGUACAUGUCUAACAUCAGGGACCUGUUUGAAGAGUUUGACAAGUUCCAGUCGGGUGCUGUAAUAGGUAUUGCCAGAGAAAUGCAGCCUGUUUACAGGCACACCUUCUGGCAGUACCGCCAAGAAAACCCCAGAACUAAAGUCGGUGAUCCUCCGCCAGAUGGUCUCCCUGGUUUCAAUAGUGGAGUCAUGCUCUUAAAUCUAGAAGCCAUGAGUCAGUCAGAUCUUUACAAUCAGCUUUUGGAUGCAGUGAAGGUAAGAAAACUUGCAGAAAAGUAUCAUUUUAAGGGCCAUCUAGGCGACCAGGACUUCUUCACAUUGAUUGGAAUGGAGCAUGCAGAACUCUUUCACAUUCUGGACUGCACGAACAACAGACAGCUCUGUACCUGGUGGCGGGACCAUGGAUAUGCUGAUGUCUUUGACCUGUACUUCAAAUGUGAUGGAAAAGUGAAAAUAUACCAUGGAAACUGUAAUACUCCAAUCCCAGAUAAUUAAAUGAACUAUUUUUGAGUUUGUAUACCAAUGGUUCAAAAGGCACAUUCCUUUUGCUGGAAAAAUAUGUUCAUUUUAUAAAACUGUUCUUUCAUUUUGAAACUUCUGUUUUUAGUUCAGAUUUGUUUUGUCUUCUGAUCUCUGCCAUGCAGUGAAUGACAACCAUCAAAAUAAUUAAUCUAGAGUGAGGAAAAACUACAUGAUUGAAAUAUAAUACAUCCUAGAAUACCUACAUUGUCAUUAAACUUGUCGCUGUAUUCAGAAUAGACAUGCCUAUAACUUUUAUAUACAAGUCAAUAUUUUAUUUGUAAGGUAUUAAUCUGAAAUGGUGGAAAUCUGAAGUAGAAACAGAAUAUUCUGGAUAUACUCAGCAGGUCAGGCAACAUCUUAAUAAUCAUUCUUUGCCUGUUCCCACAGAGGCUGCCUUUUCUACCGAGUAUUUCCAAGCAAUUUUCAUUUUUAUGUUACACACAUAAAAGUUGCUGGUGAA